AUGAUGCGCUUCCCGAAUUAUUUCGACAGGAUGGUCAAGAUACGCAAUAUGGGAGUGAGUGCUUCGCUUUGCUAUAUACCUAAAUAAUGAUUACUUUUUCAGUUCAGCCUCCAAUUCUUCGUGACCGUCGAGAUGAUCAUCGCUGCUCUCGCCUUCUACUCGAUGCACGGCCAAAUCGACGACACCAUCUACAUUCCGUGGUUUGCCGUUUUGACGCUCAGCAUCUUCCCGAUGGCUCUCUGCACUGCUCUCAACUUUGCCAGAUACCGUGUCGUUUGCCGGGUGAGUAAUUUCAAAAUUGAUUCCAUUGAGUUACGGUUUUUUUCCAGAUCUCGCACAUGAUCGCUAUUGUCGGAGUCUACCACAAGUACGAUUUCGUCAUGGUGCCGCCCGCCUGCGCCGUCUACUUCAGCGCCGAGCUCGGAUACCUGAUAGCUGGAGUGGGAACCAAACAGGUAAGAACUAUACUAGCUAAGGCAUUGACAGGAGACGUAUUCUUUGAUUUCAGAUGGAAUGGCCCGGCAAAUGGAUGGCUCAGAUUACUGACAAGUGGCAGGACGUCGACGAGCAGUCGGACAAGGACCGUCUUCCGCUUCCGUUCACUUCGAUCGCCAAUGAGGUUGUCCGCAAGGAUUGCACCAUCGAAGAGGAGUACAUUGACGAUUUGUUCGAGUACCACACCGCCUACGAGGAGGACAUGUUCCCGGAUGCCUUCAACGCAAAACCUCGAGGAACUUUCAUUGUAUAG